AUGACCCUGUUUACUCAGUCAAUGCUGGGUAUCAAGCGCGUAUCUGUGGGCCCCUCGGGCUGGGGCGAUGUGACCAACCAGUCCGUUCCAGCGGACUGUGUGUGCCUGCUCCCCUAUGGCGGCACGUGUGGACCGUCGACCCCGCGGACAACAGUCCAAUCCACUGGGCGACCAACAGCACCUUGUUCUGAAUCCGAAGAAGAGCCACAGAAUGUGGAACAAAUAGGACCACAGCAACAAAUUCAGUAUAAGCGAAGACUCACGAAUGAGUUAAGGCAACUUAUUUUGCAAGACUUGUUGUCACUAAAGGUUAGUGACUCACUUCCUCAUUGUACAUUCAAACGCAUAGCUCAAAAAUACGGCUACACACAUAGAACCAUCCGAAAUUUAUGGAAACGAGCAAUACAAACCAAGGAAGCACACAAACCAUACAAUGUGGAAUCCAAGUUCAAAAAUUGUGGAAGAAAAAGAGUCGUCAUACCACCAAACUUACUUGAGUCUAGACCCAUUGGCGAACGCACUUGCAUUAGAGAUGUUGCAACAUGUUUAGAUUUGGCACCGUCAACGGUGUGGAGGUUGAUAAAAAGAGGCGAGAUAAAGGCUCAUUCAAAUCCAUUACACCCGGCUUUAACCGAUGCCAGCAAACUAAGGAGGGUGGAGUGGAUUUUGAGCCUUAUCCAAGAAGACACAAUUCAAAGACACCCGAUUUACAAAGGAAUGUACGAUUAUAUUCACAUUGACGAGAAGUGGUUUUAUUUAACCAAGAAAACGCAAAGGGUUUAUUUAGCACACAAAGAAAAGGUCCCAUAUAGAGCAGCGAAGUCAUCAAAGUUCAUACCUAAGGCCAUGUUCUUAGGGGCCGUUAAUAGGCCUAGAUGGAAUCGUUUUGGUCAAUGCACGUUUGAUGGGAAAAUUGGAAUUUUCCCUUUUAUUAAUAUGGUGCCAGCACAAAGAGAUUCAAAGAAUCGACCAAGGGGUUCAAUUGAAAUUAAACCAACCGAAUCAGUCAAUCAAGAAGUUUAUAGGAGUAUGCUUAUACAACAAUUGAUUCCGGCUAUACUAAGAAAAUGGCCAAGUGAUGGACCUUCUAUUAUUUUUAUUCAACAAGAUAAUGCAAGGGUUCAUAUCACAAACGAUGAUCCAAUAUGGCAACAACACAAUAGGCAAGGGGGUUUAACUUUCAUUCUUACUCAACAACCUCCAAAUAGUCCGGAUUGUAAUAUUCUAGACUUGGGUUUCUUUAGGAGCAUGCAAUCACUUAUGCAUAAAAAGAUGUCCAAAAACAUUACAGAAUUAAUCACAGCAGUUGAGGAUGCAUUCGGAGAGUUACAUCCAAAGACCUUAACUAAUGUGUGGAUCUCAUUACAACACCAUUUAAAUGAGAUUUUAAAAGUUAAGGGGUCUAAUGACUACAUACAACCCCACUUUGGAAAGAAGGUUGAAGAAGACAAUGGCAUUAAGGAUUCAAGUGAGAAUCCUAACACAAUUGGUUAG